AUGGAAGUCGCACAGAAGGGUGAGUUAAGCGGGACUGGUGGCUCGUCCUUUUAUCGUAAGGGCCUCUCUGAGGAGGAAAUCAUCGGAAAUAUCUGGACCAUCAACUUUGCGGGCCAUGAUACCACUGCCAAUACGCUGGCAUUCGUUCUUCUCCUCUUGGCAACGUAUCAGGAUGUCCACAUAGCUAGAAACCGUUCGCCUUUCGCACCCAUCACAUCGCUCUCCAAGACUACCAUGGAAGAACCGCAAACUCUCAAGAAGCCAUCUCUCUGGGUAUCCAAGACCGGCACAAGUGCUAUGGAUAAGAGAAUUGCGAGGCCUCAGAAGAGCGUCUUUAUGCCCUGGUCUGCCGUCCCCCAGAACUGCCCUGGCCUCAAAAUCUCCCAGGUGAAAUUCGUAGCAGCUAUCGCAUCGAUACUAUGUGACCAUCGACUCAGCAUCAUCGAAGAACCUGGGGGAAACUUUCAAACAAGCCCAGGACCGCGUGUUGAGGACUGA